AUGAGUGAUCUCCAAAAGUCCUUUGCUAAGGCUAAACUGGGCAAGCUUCCCUCGGAAGCACCCAUGUACCACUCAGUGAACAUCCCAGAAGAACAUCACGACGAGGAUGGCUCUUCCGCUUCCUCGGUGUCUUCGACGGGGACUUUAAUGCCCUCGCCUACGAGGAAUCUAUUUGCCCGAAGAGGCGGUGGGCAAACAACCCAAUCACUAUCUUGGACAGACUUCUUCAGCCAGGAACUAUUCCUACCCGAAGAAAUCAACGGAAUCCAAAUCAUCCAUCAUGUAUACUUGACACCACCGUCCGAAUCAGGCCCAUUAUUCGUGAUGCAUCACGGCGCAGGCUCAUCAGGCCUCUCAUUCGCAACCUGUGCAGACGAGCUGCGGAAACUCCUUCCGAAAGCAGGUGUACUGUCUAUCGAUGCAAGAAGUCAUGGCCGCACCGCUAUGACUCCAAAAUCAAAGCCUUUCAAGCAAGAUAAUCCUUCCACUGGACUCGCUGCUCAGGCCGAGGCUGAUGCAAAGAUUGAACUCGAUCUCAGUCUGGAUACUCUCAGCCGAGACCUUGUCUUUGUAAUUCGUGAGACACAGGCAAAAAUGGGCUGGGAGAAUCUCCCGGAUAUGGUGCUCGUCGGUCACAGUCUUGGUGGUGCAGUCAUUACUGAUGUAGCCAAGAAAGGCGAACUCGGCUCGAAGCUACUGGCGUAUGCAGUGCUAGAUGUCGUUGAAGGAUCCGCUAUGGACGCCCUCCAAAGUAUGGAGAACUAUCUCUCCACCCGACCAACCCGAUUUCCUUCACUAACAUCAGGAAUCGAGUGGCACACUCGUUCCCGAACAAUUCGAAACCAUACAUCAGCCCGAGUAUCCGUCCCGUCCCUCAUCUACGAGGAGACCGAGCCAACCGACCCCUCACGCCCCUGGGUAUGGCGCACGAAUCUCUCCGCCACCAAGCCAUUCUGGGAGAAUUGGUUCAUAGGUUUGAGUCGCAAGUUUCUUGAUGCGCGGGGUGGCAAGCUAUUACUGCUGGCGGGGACGGAUCGAUUGGAUAAAGAAUUGAUGAUUGGACAGAUGCAAGGAAAAUACCAACUUCAAGUCUUUCCAGAAGCGGGUCAUUUCAUCCAGGAAGAUCAACCGAGCAAGACGGCGCAGGUGUUGGCUGAUUUUUACAGGCGGAACGAUCGUAGUGCGUUGGUACUGCCGCCCAAGGUGGGCGAUUUGCAGGCAGCUGCUGCGAUGAAGAAAGGCGCUGGCGUCUUUGAGAAAUGA